AUGUUUUAAAAAUAAUUCUAAAGUUGGACUUAAUUUACAUCUCCAAAAAUUUAUAACAAUAGUUUGAAUUCACCUUCUAUAAAAUCAGAAUAAUAAUCAAAAGAUGAAAUAUACGAAGAAUAAUAAGACAUGAUUAUUGAAAAAAAUUUUAUUAAAAAAGUUGGUUCCAAUUAAAAUUAAAGAUUUGAGAGUGAUUUUACAGUAAAGGAUUAAGAUUAAAGUAUUUUAUUAUCAUAAAUAGCAAAUAGGAAAUAUCUUACAUUAAACAGCAUUGAGAUAAGAUAAUAAAGUUUUAGAAAUUUUAAUUGAAGAUUAUAAAAUAUUGCUUUAAGAUAAUAAAAAGAAAUCUAAAAGUAAAUAAAAGAGAAAAGUAAAUCCUAAAAAAAAAGAUGAAGAUGAUGAUGAUGAUGAUGAAGAAAUUAUUGAAAUUGAUUUAGAUUUUGAUGACAAUGAUGGAUAAGAAAUAUUAGAAUCAAUUAAAAAAUAUGUUUAAUAAAAAGAUAUGUUUGGUUGUUCACCAAUAUAAAUAUGUUGUUUUUUAAAUGAUCCUAAACUUUCAAAUAAUAGAUAAGAAUGUUUAAGGAUAUUGAUUGAAAAUGGUUCUGAUGUAAAUUGUCUAAAUCCUCAUAGCAGAUGGGCUCCAAUACAUUGGUGUGCAUUUUAUGGAGAUUCAAUAAGUGUUUAAUUCUUAUUAAAAAAGUAAGCACAUUCUUUUCUAUGUGAUAAUAAUGGAUUAUAUCCAAUGGAUUUAGCAGGAAAAAAUGGCCAUAAAAAUGUAUUAGAAUUGAUAAUAGAUUAAAUUGUGUCAUUUUUAAUUGAAUGUCAACAAUUUUGGAAUAGUGAAUUAAAAGGAAAAAAGGAAGAUGAAUUUAUCACAUUUCAAGAAAUUUGUUACAAAUAUGAGACAGAAUUACAAAAUCCUUUAUUAUAUACAAAGAUUCUUUAUUGGUGUUGUCUCUAUUCAAUUAAUCAUCAUAUUAAAAAUAUCUUAAUUAAUUUACCUAGAAUAUAUAUUAUGUUUCCAAUUAAAACUUUAGAUAGUUAAUCAUGUUUACAUGCAUGUUGUUCAUAAAAUAAUUAUUAAGCUUUAAAAAUAAUUAUUAAAUUUGAAAUAUUAGAUCUUUCAAUAAAAGGCCCAGAUUCUAGUAAUAAGAAAAAGCCUCUUAAAAAAGAAAAAGAUAGAAAAAAUUAUUAUUCAAAGGAUUUAAUUAGUUAUUUGGAAUAAAUAAGUCGAUAAGCUAUACCAGGGAUAACUUAUAUUUUAGAAAAUAAAGAUUCAUCAAUAUACAAAGUGAGAUAUUAUCAUGAACUUGAGAGAUAUAGAUAAUAAGAUUUAUAAUAUAAAGAAGAAUUAACAAAGAUAAAUUUAAGAUUGAUGUAAAUAAAUGAACUUAAAAAUGAUAAAGAUUUUUAUGAUAGAACAAAAGAAUUGUUUUGUAAGUAAGUUUUAUAGAUUGACAUAAAAGAUAAUCAUGGAAAUACAGCAUUACAUUUGGCAUCAUUAAAUGGUGAUUAAAAAAUAAUUAAAUAUUUAUUAAAUAAAUAUGCAGACCCUGAAGCUGAAAAUAAUGAGUUUUUUAGAGCAAGAUAAUUGACAAAAGACAUUGCUACUUCAAUUUAUUAUGAUGGUUUAAUUAAAAAAAAAAAAUAUUCUCAAACUUAAAAUAUAGUUAAUCAAUCGGUUAGUGAUAUAUUUUAAAAACAUAAAUAAAAAAGAAAUAAGUAAAAUGCUAAUUUUGAAGACUAAUAUAAUUUAACAGAAAAUAUUUUAUCUAAAAGUAAAUUUUAUAAAUCUUAACUUAAAACAAAAAAAUAAACUUAAGCUAGAUAAUCAAUUAGAGAAUAAAAAACAUAAUCUUAAUUUUAACAAAAUGAAUUUGAAAAAAGUCCAGAUUUCUUAAAAUCUUCAGUACAAAGGGAAAAUAAGAAUUUUUUACCUAAAUCACUAAAAAAUAAAAAAAAUACCAAUUAAGUAAUACCUUUGAAUUUAUCCCCCUCUUUUUCAUAAAAAAAGAAAAAUUCUUUUGAUUGUUUAGAGUAAUUAAUUUUAUUUUCAAGUUAAUUAUUUGUUCCUGAUUUAGUUUUGAAAUUUGAUCAUUCAGUAAAAACAAAUCUCAUUGACAUUUUUAAAAGAUAAAAUGAAUAAGAAAUUUAAGAACAAAAGAAAAUGAUUGAUUAAUAAAUAAACUUUUAAUUAGAUUUAUUAUAAAAGGCUGAAUUUUAAAUCUAUAUGAUGGAGUCUUUUAUAUCGAAAUCAUAAAUCUAUAUAAUGUUAAGAUUAAAAGAAGAAAAAUUAGAAAAGUUAGCAGAAGAAAUGGAAAUGUAGAUAAAAUUAAUUGAUUCUUAUGAUUUGGAAUAAUUUAAAUAAAAUUAAAGAAACAAAUUUGAACCAUUUAGAUCAAGUUAAAGAUAAAAAAUUGUCUAUGAUCAUUUAAUAAAAUCAAUAAAUUUAGAAUCCUUACUAAAAUCAAAACUUGUUGAAUCUUGUUAUGCAAUGCAUACUUCUGGUGGGAUAUAAAUUGUAAAAAAUUAAUGGUAAAAAUUAUCAUUUGGUUUUAUUCCUUAACCAAUAAGUUAGAUAAAAGAUUAUUUAAGUGAAGGUAAAGGAAGAAAUUUUACUUCAUUAACUACAAUGAGAUUAUAUUUUGGUGAAUAAAUUUCAUUUUAUUUUGCAUGGAUUAGUUAUUUAUCUUGUGUAUAAUUGAUAAUAGCUAUUCCAGGAUUUAUACUUUAAUUAUAUGCUAUAUUUUAUGAUUUCCAUUCUAAUAUAAUUCCAUAUUGGGUUUUAUUAGUUACAAUAUGGUCUACAGUUUAAAUUGAAUUAUGGAAAAGGAAAACAUCUGAAAUCAAUACAAGAUGGGGUUGCAUAGAUUAAAUGUUAUAAGCUGAAUCUUCAUAUUACGAAGGUCCAUUGAAAGAUAAGUUUUCAGGUGAUGAAGAAAUUCAUUUUAUAACAAGAAAAUUGACAAAGCAUUAAUAAAUAACUAAAAUGGCAGCCUUCUUUGUUUUUUUUAUUUUUUUACUAGGUGUCUUUUUAUUUUGCAGUUUUGGAAUAGUUUAUGGAAUUGAUUUACUUAAAUAAGAAUUAAAAAUAUAUAAAGGAUUUAUAUUUUUACUAGGAGCUCUGUAGGCUGUCGCAAUAUAAAUUUUAAAUAUUUUUUUUCUAUACUUUUCUAAAUGGUAUGCAGAUCAAGAAAAUCAUAAAUAUGAGCUAAGUUAUCAGAAAUCAUUAAUUUACAAAAAUGUAUUUUUUAGGUUUAUUAACUCAUAUAUGCCUGUGAUUUAUAUUAUUGUUGUAUAAAAUGAUAAGUACAAUCUAGAAGAUAUCUUUUAUUUUUUAAUUCCUCUAGUCUUAGUAAAAAAAGCAUAUUAUAUUUUGGUGAACUUUCUUAUUCCUGUUUUAUUAUUAAGAGCAAAUAUAAGACAAUAUUUUAAUAAAGUAAAGAAUAAAACAAUAAGUUAAUAAAACACCAGAUAAGAUAAGAAUUAACAUCUUUUAUACUUAGAUGAAAUAGAACAAUAUUGGAAUUAGGAUGAAUUUAAAAAAAAUUAGAAAUAACCUCCUUUAGAUUCUAUAGAAGUAGAUUUGUUGUAAUCAGCAGCUCGACUUGUUUUAAAAAUUGAAAACGAAGAGAUUCUUUAGGAGAAUAUUUUAGAAGAAAUAAAAAAUCCAAAAUUUAAAUAUAUGCCUUUUGAAACUAAAUUAGAUGUAGAUGCAAUCGAAUUGAAUUCUCUUAAAGAUGAUUUUGAAGGAACACUUGAUUAUUUUAUGGAAGCUAUUACAGAUUAUGGUUAUUUUAUUUUGUUUUCUGCUGCUUUUCCAAUAGGUCCAUUUAUAGGAAUAGUAAUGAAUACAAUUGACAUUUAAGUAAAAUUAUAUAAAUUGAUUUACAUGACUAAAAGAGUCAAAUCUGAAAGAGUUCCUGGUAUUGGAUAAUGGCUUAAUGUAUUAGAAUUUUUAAGUGCAAUUGGUGUGUUUACAAAUUUUAUUGUAUUAUACUUUAUGCAUAGAGCUGCUACAUUAAGAAUGUUUACAGAUUAGGUUGAUUAUGUUGUUGAAAAUGAUUUAGAAUUAUGGUAUUUUGUAAGUUGUGUAAUUGCAAUUUCUCUAAUAAAAAUAUUAGUCAGAGAAUUAAUUCCAGAUAGACCUGAGUGGGUUAUUGAAGAGAUUGAUAAAAUAAAUCAUAGAUAAUUAGUUGAAUAAUAAUAGAAAACUUAACUUAAAUUAAAAGAUUUAGAAAAACACUAUAAAGAAUUAAAGUAAUUCGUAUAUAAUUGUUGUUAGGGACGAGAAUAAAAGGAUUAAUAAAGAAUAAGAAGAUUUAGAUUUGUAAACAGAUAUUAGAGUAAAAUAAUACGAUGCAGAAAUUGCUAAAUUAGAAUCAUAAUUCAUUAGCAUAUCAAAAUAUAAAAAAAUUGAUAAAAUGGUUAUGACUGAAUAUGAUAUGAUAGUUUAAAAUGUUAUGAAAAUUAGAUUCUAUCAAAUUGAUAAUGCUUUAAUUAUUAAAAGAAUUCUUUAAUUUAUAGAGGCAAAAUCUUAAAUCAUAUCAAUUUGCUAAGAAUGUGGCAAAAAUCCAACUAUUUUAGAAUGCAUUGAAUGUUCUGAAAAUUUUUGUGCUUUAUGUUACUAAAAAUUACAUGCUAUUACCUAAUAAAAUCAACAUAAUGUUAAUUUAUUAAGAAAAAAAAAUGAAAUAUUAGAGUAAAUUGAACUUAAUGUAGUAAUUGAAAAACCUUAUUAGAGAAUGGUGGCAAAUGAAUUGGCUAAAUAAUUUAAAUCUUAAAUAAAAAUUUCAGAACCAAAAAGAUGUUGGAAAAAGAUUGAAUAUUUUUAUAUUCCACUUUAAUUAUAAACUGGACAACCUAAAUUAAAUGAAUUGUAUAAUCUUUUAGGAGAUUAUUAUUUAAGAGGCCCUGGUUUAGAAUUUAGAGAUUUUAGAAUUUCUGUUGAAAAGAUUGUUCCAAUUAAAGAGUUAAUUUUAAUAGAAGAUUCUACACUAAGAAUUGAAGAUAAAAUAUUUUUGAAUCGAAUUGGGUUUUAUUUAUUUAGAAAGAAAAAAUAAUUAGCAGAAAUAUAAUUAUUUCUUAAAUAUUGUAGCCAUCUUUAAAUAGGUUAAUUAGAAUAGAAAGUUAUAUUAUUUUUUGAUCUUCUUGAUUUGAAUGAAGAUGAAGAAAUAUCAAAAGAUGAAUUAGAAAAUCAGUUUCUUCUGUCAUUUGUAUAAGAUGUACGUACAAAUAAAAAGGUUUCAGAAAUGGUUGAUUAAUUUUUCAUUGAUUAUGGAAGAAUUAGAUAAAAAAGAGAAAUUGCUUAAGAGUUUUUUAAUAAAGUACAAAGAAAUAAUGAUUUUUAAUUGUUUUUAGAAAGUCUUUUAUAAGUCUAAGGAUUAAAAAAUUGA